AUGAUGAAAUUCGUUAUCCUGUGUUUUUCGCUCUCCAAUACCCUUGUUGAGGGCUCAACCAAUCUAUUCGAUGGGUACAAGAAAAGGAGUGGUUUGAUUGCCGACGUGCCAGCUGCAAUCCUUUCCAAUGAAGUGGAAUUUCCUUUAGUUGGGCUCGGCGUCGGAAAUCUGCAAUCCGACAGGGUAGAGAACAUGAUUUACGAAGGGCUCAAGGGUGAGAACCGAAUUCGACUUUUUGAUACGUCUCAAGUGGCAGGGGUCGAUAAUGAAAUCAUCCAAGGGAUCAAAUCGGGAACUAAGAGGUUCAAAGAGGCGGACGGCAUUGAUGACCGUGUUCAAGUACAUCUGGUCACAAAGAUUCGACACACUUAUCUUGGAUACGAACGAACAAAAUUUGCUGUAAAGUCAAUUCUUCAAACGUAUUCCCCUGUUCUCAAAGACUCGAACAUUGACUUUCGGAUACAUUUUCUCAUUCAUCAUCCUCGGUGCAUUGACAGCGUUGAUGGGAUGGAUUGCGAAAAAGAUGAGGAUGAACUCCCAGGAAAAGUCAAACGGGUGGGUUCUGCACCACAUCUAGGUGAUGGAGAUGCCUGGAAAGAAAGCUGGCGUGCGUUAGAAGAUCUAUACAGCUCUGAUGACUACCCUGCAAUCUCCAGCAUUGGAGUUUCAAAUUUUUCGGUCGAGGAGAUGGACGAGUUACUUGGACUCUCCCGAGUAAAACCUCACCUAGUUCAAAUGAAUAUUUCAUCAUUGAUUGAGGAUACAACACUAGUGGAUAGAUGCAAAAUGCAUGACACCCACAUAGUGGUUUUCAACGUUAUGGAACACAUCGUCAUGAGGGCGGCGGGGACACCACGUGCUUUCAAAUCAGUGGCGUUGACAGGCGACGCCUUGUCAAACGGUCGGAAUGCUGCAAAUCCAGGGCAAAUUAUACUCAAAUGGCUGACUCAGAAUGGAAUUUCGAUCAUUCCUCGGACGCAUGAUUUGGAUCACCUUUCGGAAAACUCGGUUGGAGCACUUGCUAGGCUAUCAGACAUAUCCUCCAACGCCAACAUCGUCCUUCAGAAAGCAGUAGAAGCUAUACACAUGGGGGUGGACUUGGAUGAAGAUCCUCGGGUUCAAAUGAGCUUUUAUGCUUCGGACGGAGAUAUCUUUCUUUACAGGUAUAAGGAGAACCUAGCUGACCAAACAUAUGUUGCCUAUGUUGGAAAGGGUAAUUCCGCUAAAAUUUGGGUCAACCCCAAUGACACCUUCCGAGUAUAUAAUGCAUACGAUCCCAAACUAUUCAAGGACUAUGUGUUGUUGGAACAUGAUGGUGAUGAUCGCCACAUUGCUGUUGGAAGUCUGUGA